CAGCCAGCAGCCAAGUGGCUUCCUUGAUUGGAGGAGUGUGAAUCUUUCCACCCCUUCCCAAUUCCCCAUCCAUCAGUUGGAUUGAUAGAGUGAGCCGUUGACCACAACGCGCGAAUCUUGGAUUCCUGAUUCGAGUUCGCCGUGGUGGAAGAGAGUUGAUCCGAUAUGUCGGGCGGUGGCCGCGUGGUGUGUCCGCCGCCGGAGUUGAGUUUCGGCGGGCAGUACUACUCGGUGGUGGACGGGGUCUGCAGCCGCGACGAGAGCUUCUUCGGCGGGAAGCCGGUGCUGACGCAGGCCGUCGGGUACGCCGUCGUCCUCGGCUUCGGCGCUUUCUUCGCGCUCUUCACUUCCUUCCUGGUGUGGUUGGAGAAACGUUACGUGGGUGGGUCGCAGCUGCAGACGUCGGAGUGGUUCAACACCGCCGGCCGGAGCGUGAAGACCGGGCUGAUCGCCAGCGUGAUCGUGUCGCAGUGGACAUGGGCGGCGACCAUCCUGCAGAGCUCCAACGUGGCGUGGCAGUACGGCGUGAGCGGGCCCUUCUGGUACGCCAGCGGCGCCACCGUGCAGGUGCUCCUCUUCGGGAUCAUGGCCAUCGAGAUCAAGCGCAAGGCGCCCAACGCGCACACCGUCUGCGAGAUCGUCAGGGCCCGGUGGGGUGCCCGCGCGCACCUCGUCUUCCUCACCUUCUGCCUCGCCACCAACGUCAUCGUCACCGCCAUGCUGCUGCUCGGCGGCUCUGCCGUCGUGCACGCGCUCACGGGCGUCAACGUCUACGCCGCCAGCUUCCUCAUCCCGCUCGGCGUCAUCGUGUACACGCUCGCCGGCGGGCUCAAGGCCACUUUCCUCGCCAGCUACAUCCACUCCGUCGUCGUGCACGCCGUGCUCCUCGUCUUCGUCUUCCUCGUCUACACCUCCAGCAGCAGCCUCGGCAGCCCCAAGGUGGUGUACGAGCGCCUCCUGGUCGUCGCCAGCGCCGCCAGGGACUGCUCCGGCGACCUCUCGCGCUCUGGUCAGUCUUGCGGACCCGUCCAUGGCAACCUCAAGGGUUCCUACCUCACCAUGCUCAGCUCCGGCGGCCUCGUGUUCGGCAUCAUCAACAUCGUCGGCAAUUUCGGCACCGUCUUCGUCGACAACGGGUACUGGAUGAGCGCGAUCGCCGCUAGGCCGUCGUCGACGCACAAGGGUUACCUGCUGGGCGGCCUGGUGUGGUUCGCAGUGCCAUUCUCGCUGGCAACAUCGCUCGGCCUCGGCGCGCUCGCCCUCGACCUCCCUAUCACCGCGGCUGAGGCGGCAAAGGGCCUCGUCCCGCCGGCCACCGCCACCGCGCUCAUGGGCAAGCCUGGCUCCGUCCUCCUCCUCACCAUGCUUUUCAUGGCCGUCACCUCCGCGGGCUCCGCAGAGCUCGUUGCCGUCUCCUCCCUCUUCACCUACGACAUCUACCGCACCUACGUCAACCCUGGCGCUUCCGGUAAGCAGAUCCUCCUCGUGUCCAGGGCCGUCAUCCUCGCCUUCGGAUGCUCCAUGGGCGUCCUGGCCGUCGUCCUCAACCUCGUGGGCGUGUCCCUCGGGUGGAUGUACCUGGCCAUGGGCGUCCUCGUGGGCUCCGCCGUCAUCCCCAUCGCUCUGCUGCUGCUCUGGAGCAAGGCCAACGCCUUCGGCGCCAUGCUCGGCACCAUCAGCGGUUGCGUCCUCGGCGUGAUCGUCUGGCUCACGGUGGCCAAGGUGCAGUACGGCCGCGUCAACCUGGACACCACCGGCCGGAACGCGCCCAUGCUGGCGGGCAACCUGGUGUCCAUACUGGUGGGCGGGGCCGUGCACGGCGUGUGCAGCCUGGUGUCGCCGCAGAACUACGACUGGGAGAGCUGCAGACGGAUCACCACGGUGGAGAGCGUGGCCGCCGAAGACGACGACGAGCUCCAGGAGGCGAAGCUCAUGCACGCCAAGCGGUGGAUCGUCAAGUGGGGCCUGGUGUUCACGGUCGUGAUCGUGGUGCUGUGGCCGGCGCUGUCGGUGCCGGCGGGGAGGUUCAGCCUGGGGUACUUCACGCUGUGGGCGGCGAUCGCGAUCGCGUGGGGGACGGUGGGCUCGGCGGUGAUCAUCCUGAUGCCGCUGGUGGAGAGCUGGGACACCAUCAGCAUGGUGUGCGCGGGGAUGUUAACCAACGACAUCGUGUACCAGCGCCUGGACGACGUGAACCUGCGGCUGAGGGCCAUCAUGGGGGCCAUGCCCGAGGCCGAGAAGCGCUACCAGCAGCUGCAGCGGAAGGAUGAGGUGGAGAUGCACCCCGCCGGCACCCACCCGGCCGACGACAGCGACCACCUUUUGGAGAACUAGAAUGAUCGAUGUAUGUAUCAUGUAUGUACAGGGGCACGUUUAUUUCCGGUCACAAAAGGUGUAACCAUUGUCACGGGACAAUGCGCACCCGUAUCACGUCGGGUCACUGGAGUUUGUAAUAUUUUUCUUCGCGUGUGUAAAGAUAUGCGUGAUUGGGUAUAUAAAUGCGUGUGUCUCGUGUGUC